AUUAGUUUCGUUUAGCAAGUACCUGGGAAUUUGAAAGACUCUCUACAACGUCUGCUAUGAUCAAGACAUUUGCUGGUUUCUUCAAUGCAGUAACUCAAUAACAUUUCACGUGGCAUUUAGUUCAAUAUUAUUAGUAUCAAUCCUAGCUGGAGACCGGGAUUCAUUUACCAACAGCCCCGCGCUAAAAUCGAACCCAACUCCUUCUCGCGACGUCACUAACCAACCCCUCCAAAAAAGAAUGCCUCAACGACCAAGCCUCACCAAAACUUAGAUUAUACCAGUCACAUUCUUUUGUUGCCAUUUCCCCCACAAAAACCCCUAGCCAUGGCCCCAAUACCGAUUACAAUCAUCACCGGUUUCCUUGGCUCCGGCAAGACGACUCUCAUUCUCAACCUCAUCCCCCAACUCCGCGCCCAAUCGCCAAACUACCGCCUCGCUCUCCUCAAAAACGAGUUUGGAGAUGUGGCAGUCGACUCACAACUAGCGUCGUCGAGCGCGAUAUCGGGUGUCCAGGAGAUGCUAGGUGGUUGUAUCUGCUGCAACCUCGUCGGUUCGCUAUCCCCUGCGCUCGCCGAGCUCGAGACCACAGUGAAGCCAGACCGCAUCAUCAUCGAGACGAGCGGGAGUGCCUUCCCCGCCACGCUGGCGCUCGAGGUCAAUCGUCUGGCGAGGGACACUGGGAAAUACGUGCUGGACGGCGUUGUCAGCGUGAUCGAUGUGGAGAACUGGCAGGGCUACGAGGACACGAGCUACACCGCCAGGAUCCAGGCGCGGUACACCGAUCUCGUGGUCCUGAACAAGUGGGAGACGGCGGGCGAGGACCGAUAUGACGAGUGCCUCGAUCGUCUGGGCGAUCUCGAGGUGGACGUUGCCAAGGUCAAGAGCGACAAUGGCUGGGUAGCCAUGGACGUUGUGUUUGGCGUGGAUGGCGGACUCGCCCAAGACUUGACGGAAGAGGAGGCGGCCAAGACAACGGCGAACGGGCACAAUCAUGGUCAAGAGAAUGGACACGACCACAAGCAUGGGCAUCAGAGCGAGGUGGAGGUCCUGUCCGUCGAGCUCAAGGGUGACGCUGGCGUCGCCAUUUCCACCGACAAAUUGGAGGCGAACCUUCUCCGCAAGGCACCCAAGGACGAAGUAUACCGCAUUAAAGCUGUGGCUACCCUCUCGUCGCUGCCAAAGAACUCGGACCCGGAAUUGCCUCCGCCGGCGGAGCAUCCCAAGGGCCGCUAUAUCCUCAACUGGGCAUUCGGGCGGUGGACAUAUACGCCCGUCGCCGCAGAUGGCACUGAACACGCGUCGAGUAGCGAGACACCGCUACGGAUGACGAUCAUUACGGGACGAUACGAGAGCAACAAGUGGAAGAAGCUGAUAGAAGCCGGCGGGGUGAUAGAGAUAGAUGGAGGAAGCAAAAGCGACCUCGUGGUGACGAAAGUACUGUAGAUCAGGGACCGGACCAUUCUUGUAGAUAUUGAUGUUGACUCGGAGAGGGAUCUAGAGACCUAUAUAU